AUGGAUUUCCGUCCUUGUGAAAAGACUUUUCAUAAUUGUGAUCGUGAUCCCCUUUCAUGCUGGGAUUUCUACACAAGACGCCUCUUCGAAGCGCCCACGGAUCCAUCCUUAUGGUGCAAUAGAGCCCUCAUAAAUUUAAAACUCUCAAUUUAUGAACUCUCCUACAUUGAUGCUUUCAAAGCCCAGUCCCUUUUGACUUCUGCAGACGAUAACUUUCCAAACUCUAUUGCAAAUGGAGAUUUCCGCUUUUCAAAACGCCUCUUAUCAGAUCCAACUCUACAGCAUUUACUCGUGAAAUCUUACGACUACAUGUCUGAAUCCCUCUACAGAUCUGGACUCGUUUCACGUGCUGUAUCUGUGUUAGAUCUCUUGUUUAAUCAUCGAGAAUAUAGCAAAUUCUUGACGCAAAAUGCAAGAGAAGAACUUACUAACAAAAGAAAAGAGUAUCAAGCGCGAAUCAAUGAACAGUUAUUUCACAAUAUAUCUUUCGUUUUGGAAGUUUUAAAAAAUAAAAAUAUUAAGAACUUCAAAAAAUUUGAAAUCAUUGGAUUGACCAUGAAUAUGGGGACGUGCAAGUUUGAGUAUCCUUGGGAUAAAAAGAGAUUUAUGGAUAGAGUAUCAAGCGGACGGGUUCGGAUUUUGCAGCAUAAGUUGAACUCUAUUUCUUCUAAAAAAGUAAGGAUCGAAAGAUUGAGUAAACAGGAAUCAAAUGGAGACAAGGAUAGCAUUUUAACGACGGGGCUAGCCGGAAGAAAUUCUUCUGUUCAUCUGGGAAUUUUUGCGCAAGAAGAUAUCCUCGAGGGUAGUGUGAUCUGGAGUGAAGACCCGUUUCUCACGAUUCAUGAUUACAAAUCACCAAAAUGCAAUAACUGUGCACGAAAACUAAAAAGUCCUGAACAUCCACCAAUUUUCAACUGUCAAAAUAACAAUUCAUGCAAAGAAAUUUUUUGUUCUCAUAGUUGUUAUAACAUAGCCAUGUCCAAAUACCACAUUCCAUUGUGUGGUAAGACUCUCUCGCCAAUACUUUCAAUCCUCGAUGGCCAAAAGUCCGACCCAUCACCACUUUUUAUACUUAAAAUAUUUUCCAUCGCCAAGAUAAGUAACAUCCAUCCAUUAGACAUCCCACAAAUCCGAGACCUUGCCCAAUACCAACCGCCCCCAAAAUCCGGAAAUUCAUUUCUCCCAGUGUAUUACUUCAACCUCUACCUGGAAACACUUAGGAUCCUCGACAGAGAUCCGGUGUUGGCGGAUUAUGAAUUCCGACAUAAUAGUAUGGAGAUGAUGGCGGUGAGAGAUAUCAAACGCGGCGAAGAGAUAGUUGUGAGGUAUUGCGAUCCGUCGUUGAAAAAAUGGGAUAGGGCGAUGCAUCUGAUACCUGUAUACGGAUUUGAAUGCAGAUGUAAGAAGUGUGAGGAAGAAGAACCAGACGAUCUGAAG